AUGUCCAAGCAACCGGAACACCCGACCUUGCUCAUCCCGGGGCCCAUUGAAUUCGACGAUGAUGUCCUGCAGUCCAUGAGCCGUUACAGCGAGAGCCAUGUUGGGCCGGCCUUCGUUGCGACGUUCGGCGAGACCCUAUCCAUGCUUCGGAAGCUCUUCCAGACCACCGACCCCUCCUCUCAGCCGUUCGUCAUUUCCGGCUCUGGCACCCUCGGAUGGGAUCUAGUUGCCGCCAACCUAGUCGAGCCGGGCGAGGAUGUCCUGGUGCUGUCCACCGGUUACUUCAGUGAUGGCUUCGCCGACUGCCUCCGAACCUACGGCGCGAACCCCACGCAGCUCAAGGCGCCCGUCGGUUCGCGCCCGCAGCUUCCCGAGAUCGAGAAGGCCCUGUCGGAGAAGAAAUACAAGAUGAUUACCGUGACGCACGUCGACACCUCGACCGGCGUCCUCAGCGAGCUCAAGGACCUGGCGGCCCUGGUGCACCGGGUCUCUCCCGAGACGCUUAUCGUGGUGGACGGCGUCUGCAGCGUCGCUUGCGAAGAGAUCGCGUUUGAUGAGUGGAAGCUUGACGGUGUGGUGACGGCCAGUCAGAAGGCCAUCGGCUGCCCUGCCGGCCUGUCUAUUUCCAUGUUCAGCGGCCGAGCGAUGCAGGCCUUCCAGAACCGCAAGACGCCCGUGGCUUCGUACUUCGCCUCCAUGAAGAACUGGACUCACAUCAUGCAGAAUUACGAGGCCAAGAAGCCGUCCUACUUCGCGACGCCUUCGCCUCAGCUGGUCCACGCCCUUCACACUGCACUUGACCAGAUUCUCGCCCGGCCGUUGUCUGAGCGGUUCAGCCGCCACCGCGAGGUGUCGGAUAAGAUCAAGCAGACUGUGAGCAGCCUCGGCCUGAAGCAGGUCGCAGCAAACCCCGAGGACCAGGCUCACGGCAUGACGGCCAUCUACCUGCCGGAAGGUAUCAAGGUUACAGACAUCCUGCCCGUGCUGGGUAAGAAGGGCGUCGUCUUUGCCGGAGGUAUCCACAAGGAAAUCGCGACGAAGUACAUCCGCUUCGGACAUAUGGGCGUCAGUGUGACGGAUCCUCGGAGGCAAGACAUCGACCAUGCACUUACGUCACUGGAGGACAGUCUUGUCGCUUGCGGAUAUAAGAAGCCAUAG